CCUUCCGGUUGUCAGAUAGGUUUGUUCUUGACCUCCCAAGAUGGCAAGUGUACGUGCUCUGGGUGCGUUAUCUAGGAUAACAGCAAGGAGAUAUGCCCUUCUCUCAGGUUUCUCCCAUCGUACCUUCUCAGUUGCACCAGUCAUGUCAGCCAGAACCCAUGUCAGUUACGAGAUCAAAGAGGAUGUGGCAGUCAUUCGAAUUAAUGACCCAAAUUCCAAGGUCAACACACUGUCUAUCCAAAUGCAAAAUGAGAUGGCAGAAGUGAUGAGUGAAGUAUGGGCCAAUGAUGCUAUUACGAGUGCUGUCCUCAUCUCCUCCAAGCCUGGCUGUUUCAUUGCUGGUGCUGACAUCAAUAUGAUCCAGGCAUGUAACAGUGCAGAGGAGGUCACCAAACUUUCCCAGGAGGGACAGAAGAUGUUUGAGAAGAUUGAGAAAUCCCCAAAGCCUGUGGUUGCUGCCAUCAAUGGCUCCUGUCUGGGUGGGGGCUUAGAGUUUGCCAUCGCCUGCCAGUACAGAAUUGCCACCAAGAGCAAGAAGACAGUCCUUGGCACCCCAGAGGUGAUGCUGGGCCUCCUACCUGGAGCUGGUGGAACACAGAGACUCCCUAAAAUGGUGGGUGUUCCAGGUGCCUUCGACAUGAUGUUGACUGGGAGAAACAUCCGCGCUGAUAAAGCCAAGAAGAUGGGCCUCGUGCACCAACUCGUAGAUCCACUUGGUCCGGGGUUGAAGAGUCCAGAGGACAGAACGAUGGAGUACCUUGAGGAGAUUGCUGUUGAAUGUGCCAGGGGAAUAGUCAACAAGAAAAUUCCCCUCAGCAAAGAGAAAGGCUUAAUGCAGAAAGUCCAAGACUACGUCAUGAGCUUUGAGUUAGUUCGGAAACAAAUCUAUAACACUGUCCAGGGGAAAGUCAUGAAGCAGAGCAAGGGACUGUAUCCUGCCCCGCUGAAAAUAAUUGAGUGUGUGAAGGCUGGAUUGGAGCUGGGUCCAGAUGCUGGGUAUUUGGCUGAAUCACAGAACUUUGGCCAAUUAGCAAGAACCUCAGAGUCGGGUGCUCUAGUUGGCCUCUACCAUGGCCAAGUAGCAUGUAAGAAGAACCGCUUUGGUGUCCCUGAGAAGGAAGUGAAGAGUCUGGCCAUCCUGGGGGCAGGGCUGAUGGGAGCGGGCAUCGCCCAGGUGACUGUGGACAAGGGCAUCAACACCAUCCUGAAGGACACCACUGUGCAGGGCCUGGCCAGGGGAGAGCAGCAAGUCUACAAAGGCCUAAAUGACAAAGCCAGAAAGAAGAACAUCACCACUUUUGAAAGAGAUUCCAUAUUGUCCAACCUCAAAGGCCAGUUGGACUACAGCGGCUUUGAGAAGGCAGACAUGGUGGUGGAGGCUGUGUUUGAGGACCUCAGCAUCAAGCAUAAGGUCCUGAAGGAGGUGGAGGCGGUGGUCUCUCCUAACUGUAUAUUUGCCACCAACACCUCUGCUCUGCCCAUCAAAGACAUUGCAGCUGCUAGCAAGCGACCAGAAAAGGUCAUUGGGAUGCACUACUUCUCUCCAGUGGACAAGAUGCAGCUGCUGGAGAUCAUCACCACGGACCAAACCUCUAAAGACACGACGGCCGCGGCUGUGGCCGUGGGCCUGAAGCAGGGGAAGGUUAUCAUAGUUGUUGGGGACGGGCCCGGUUUCUAUACCACCAGGUGUCUGGCUCCCAUGUUGGCGGAAGCCGUCAGAGUACUUCAGGAGGGGGUGGACCCUAAGAAGCUGGACUCCCUCACCACAGGCUUCGGCUUCCCCGUGGGAGCCGCCACUCUGGCUGAUGAAGUGGGCAUUGACGUGGCCGCCCACGUGGCGGAGGACCUGGGCAAGGCCUUCGGCUCGCGCUUCGGGGGAGGAAAUGUGGAGGUUCUGAAGACCAUGGUGGAGAAGGGUUUCACGGGGCGCAAGUCAGGAAAGGGCUGCUAUGUCUACACUCCAGGCCUCAAACACAAGGACGUCAACCCUGAUAUUGAGGAGAUUCUGGAGCAAUUCAAAAUGAAACCAAACCCUGCCGUCUCUUCAGAUUCAGACAUCCAGUACCGGUUGGUGUCGCGGUUCGUCAAUGAGGCCGUGAUGUGCCUACAGGAGGGCAUCCUGAACAACCCUGUGGAGGGGGACAUUGGAGCCGUGUUUGGUCUGGGCUUCCCCCCCUGCCUUGGAGGUCCUUUCCGGUUUGUGGACUCGUUUGGUGCCGACAAGCUUGUGGAGAAGAUGAAGAGGUUUGAAGACGUUUAUGGGAAUCAUUUCACACCGUGCCAGUUACUGCUUGAUCAUGCAAAGGACUCCAGCAAGAAAUUUCACAAGUGACUUCAACCAUGUGCCACAAAAAUCUAAUAGAAUUCAUGCAGUUUACCACUAGAAUGUGCCUAUAGCUGAAAUUAAGAGAAGCGGCAUAUCCAAAUACAUUUUUACAAUUUGUCAAAUGUUGGAAUUCAUGACCAGGAACUGGUUCUGGAGAGGUUUUUGUACUUUUGAGCACUAUUAAUUUGUUUUCCUGUUGACAAUAAUCUAACUGAGUUUGGAUUUGGCAGAGAAAAAAACAGCAAGGCUGUUCAUUUAUUGCAAAUGCUAAUGCAUUUUCGAUGCAUGUGAACAGUUCUUUCUUCAAUUGGAUUGUUAAUAUAUGUUAGACUAUUGAAUGUUUAAUAAACUAAAUGAUUCCUCCAAAAAUGUGUUUAAGAUCGAACUCCAUGGUUUGGGAAGUGAUGUAUGAUUUAUUUUUGAGACAGUGAAAUAAAUUAUAUUAUUCAACCAAC